AUGACAGGAAGUGCCGCCCCCAAUGUGGAGAACAAGCCUGAAAUCAUUAUUUGCAAAAAAAUUGAGAGGAUCAGGUUUGCAAGUGUAAAUAAUACAGCUGCAAAAACAGGAUUUUGGGGUAGGCUUUCAAAGUGUAAUUGGUCGAAGAGCGUUGCUUUCACACCCAAGCUACUGCCUAAAGCAGAACUAGAUACCGUGGAAGAGAGUCCACUGAAAACCGUAAAGAAAUUGAUGCUGGAUCCAAGACUGGACUGUUUUCAGCAGAAUAUGCUAAGUCCCAAGAUGAUCAUUGGAGAUCCAUCAGUAGAUCUCAACAUGCGGGAAAGCGGCAGGAUUCUAAGGAAGCAAAUGGGUGGCUGUCAGAAUCUUCGGACUGUUGGGAAAGUCAGCUUGAAAAACAAGCCUUUAAGUAUCAAGGACAAGAUUUCAGAAUGGGAAGGAAAAAAGGAAAUUCCGGCUCCGGGGUCCCCGUGGAAGGAGGAGGACCAAAGUAUUAAAGAGGAACCCAGUCCAGUUUUGGGUGUAAUGGAGAAGAUGACUAGGAAUAGUGUUGCAAUGAGAGAAGUGGAGAAUAAGAGGCCCCCAAAUCACAAGGGGCCAAGCAAGGAGGAUGAGAGGCCUGUCGGAACCUUUAAAAAUGCUGGGCAGCAUGUUGUAAGGAAAACUGAUGUGAAAUCAAGGGAGGAAGAAUGUAAUUUCAGUGUGGGUAAAUGUACUGAGCUGAAGGACAGUAGGAAGGAAGUCCAGAAGGAGAACCUGUCUGUUUUGAGUCAAGUCAAGAAGCUGGAGCAGGCCUUGAAGUGUGGGUCAGCUGAAGCCCAGCCCCAGCUACCAGGUACUUAUUAUUCUCCACAUUGUCUGCAAGAGAAGACAGGUGAGGAUCAGGAGCCAUCAGAAGGCCAGGAAAGUACCAACCGCUUAGAAGUAAGUAAGUGGCUCCUUGGCUUGGAUACUGAAGCCAGAGAACCAAUCUUUGGGACUUUGGAAGAGGUGAAAGCAUCUUGUGUGAAAUGCAGAUCUCACAAUGAAGAAAAUGUAUAUAUGGAGCCUGGCUUGCCAGAGAAGAAACCUUUUAUCAACCCACUUCCCAAGCCCCGACGGACUUUCAAACACGAAGGUGAAGUGGGGUGGAUUCUUCCUGCUCGGAAUAAGAGACUCCUUCCCCCUCUCCCUUCUAUUCCACCCCCUCCUCUGCCUUCCUCGCCUCCCCCCUCAGCCAUUAGUAGAAGGCUGAGGAAUGGAAAGCUUAAGGCUAACGCAGAUCACAGGAAGUCCUAUGAAUUUGAAGAUUUGUUGCAAUCCUCCUCUGAGAAUGGCCGAGUGGAUUGGUACGCUCAAAGCAAGAUGGCCCUAACCCGCACUUUAUCAGAGGAAAAUGUCUAUGAAGAUAUUCUAGAUUUACCAGCAAAAGAAAACCCCUAUGAAGAUAUCGAGACAAAUAGUCAUUGCCUAGGAAAGAAAUGUGGCCUGAACUUUCCAGCAUCUCCCUCUUCUAUUCCUGGCACACCCACAAAGGUCCUCUCUAAGCCCAUCUUCUUUAGGCAGAACUCAGAACGCAGAAGUUUCAAAUUAUUAGACAUACGGAAACCAACUCGGGAUGGGACUUAUUCUCCUUCCAAAAUCAGCCCCCCUUCCACUCCUAGCAGUCCUGAUGACACUUUCUUCUCCUUGGGUGAUUCUCAAAAUGGCAAGAAAAGAAGGAAAAUUUCCAAGCUGGUGUUAAAAAUCAAUGCCAUUUAUGAGGCUCGAAGAGGGAAGAAGCGCGUCAAGAGAUUGUCACAGUCUACAGAGUCCAGUUCAGGGAGAGUUACAGAUGAAAAUAGUGAAUCAGACAGUGACACAGAAGAAAAACAAAGAGCUCACAGUCAACGCCUUGUUCAUGUAAAAUCUCGCCUGAAGCAAGCCCCCAAGUAUCACACCUUGGAGAGAGAUCUGAUCGAGUAUCAAGAGAGGCAGCUCUUUGAAUAUUUUGUUGUAGUGUCAUUACACAAGAAGCAAGCUUGUGCACCAUAUGUCCCUGAAGUUACCCAGCAGUUUCCUUUAAAGCUUGAGCGCUCCUUCAAAUUCAUGAGGGAGGCAGAGGAUCAGCUAAAGGCGAUUCCACAGUUUUGCUUCCCUGAUGCAAAAGACUGGACUCCUAUUUCUCAGUUUAACAGUGAGACAUUUUCAUUUGUCUUGACUAGUGAAGAUGGCAGCCGAAGAUUUGGGUACUGUAGAAGAAUACUGCCCAGUGGGAAAGGGAAACGUCUUCCAGAAGUUUACUGCAUUGUGAGCCGCUUGGGGUGUUUCAACCUCUUCUCGAAGAUCUUGGAUGAGGUUGAGAAAAGACGUGGCAUUUCGCCUGCCUUGGUCCAGCCGCUCAUGAGGAGUGUCAUGGAAGCUCCUUUCCCAGCCCUGGGUCGGACUAUCUCCAUCAAGAACUUCCUGCCUGGUUCUGGAACAGAAGUUAUAGAGCUGUGUCGACCGCUUGAUUCAAGACUUGAACAUGUUGAUUUUGAAUCUCUGUUCUCCUCGCUUAGCAUCAGGCACUUAAGUAGAGUCUUUGCUUCCUUGCUGUUGGAGAGACGGGUGAUAUUUAUAGCAGACAAGCUCAGCCAUUCAAAGCCCAGUGGGAAAGGGAAACGUCUUCCAGAAGUUUACUGCAUUGUGAGCCGCUUGGGGUGUUUCAACCUCUUCUCGAAGAUCUUGGAUGAGGUUGAGAAAAGACGUGGCAUUUCGCCUGCCUUGGUCCAGCCGCUCAUGAGGAGUGUCAUGGAAGCUCCUUUUCCAGCCCUGGGUCGGACUAUCUCCAUCAAGAACUUCCUUCCUGGUUCUGGAACAGAAGUGAUAGAGCUGUGUCGACCGCUUGAUUCAAGACUUGAACAUGUUGAUUUUGAAUCUCUGUUCUCCUCGCUUAGCAUCAGGCACUUAAGUAGAGUCUUUGCUUCCUUGCUGUUGGAGAGACGGGUGAUAUUUAUAGCAGACAAGCUCAG